ACUGGCCACUAUAGGACAGCAAUGGAAAGCUUAAAUAUUCAAGUUCAAAAUUCUGGCGCCAACUUAGAAAACGUGGAUACGUAUUCUAACUUUAGUGACGGCUUACCAUCACCCCAAAUCGCCAGUCCUUCACGUCAGGGCAGACUCUUGAAACCCAAACCCAACAUGACUUGCCGGCGAAAGCGCGAGUUUAUCUCGGAUGAGAAAAAGGAUGCCUCAUACUGGGAAAAGCGGCGUAAAAACAAUGAGGCAGCUAAACGCUCCCGAGAAAAGCGCAGACUUAAUGACAUGGUGCUGGAGAACAGAGUGAUUGCUCUUAAUGAGGAGAAUGUGCGGCUGAAAACUGAGCUCCUGCAGCUGAAACUGAGGUUUGGACUCAUCAGUGCUGCCUCUUACAUGGAGAAGAGUCAACAGAUCAGCAGUGGGACUGGAGGUGGAGGCAGCUCUGGUGCUAAUGGUGGCACUCCCUCUGGAAACAACUAUUUCUCCAGUAGUGGAUACUCCAGUGCCUCACAAGUAAUGGUGAACUCUGAUUCUUCCGAGGCUGAGCAGUCAAGUCGGGGAGAACGGCACACGCCCCUGCCCAAAUACUCCCCACGAGGAUCCUUGUCUGACAUGUCAGACGGGUCCUCCCGUGACAGCCCUGAACCUAUGAACUAUGAGAUCAAACACGAGAGUUCAGGCAUGGACAUCAGCAGACUUGAGGCCAGUGUUCUCAGUGGCAUGUUCAACAGCCAUCACAGUCUUGGAUCCAUGAAUUCACACCGCCCACAAGAGGUAGAGCAGCAGGAAGGUGCUGGCAACCCCGUUCCUCCAUCUGCCACACCCCAGAGAAGUGUCAUCCUCUACCGUUCUGGCAGCAGUUCCUUCCCCAUUGAGAGCCAGAGGGCUGAAGCCAUGGAUCAACACCCAGUGUCUCAGUCACAGCAGUGUAGAUCUGUGUCUCACAUGACUCAAGCAGGAGUCAGUCUAUUGUCACCAGCAGACGGUUUAGAGACUAUUGCAGAGGUGGCUCAGCAACUUGCGAGGAAGUCUUUAAACUCACCAACUUAUGAGUAUGCCAAUGGUCACAGUGAAGCUGAAGAGAGUAAAAAAUUGAUAAAUCUUCACCAUCAAGAGCACAAUGCUCAAGGGCACUGCGACAACCAGUGUGAAGAACCUCCAAACAGCUGUACCCAAAAUUCUUUUGCUCCCAAUCUCCUCCCAGGUGAGGCUGAAAAGGCUCAUUUAUAUCAACGCCAACCCUCCUACCUCAGUUCUCUGGAUGAAGACCCUCCCGUGUUAACCUAUGAGGGUGGCCCUAGAGCAGAGGGUUUUUACCAAGAGCACUCCUCUUCAGGCAAAGACACCUCCUCCAGUGAUGGUGAUCCUAGAAGUUCAGACAAAGAGGCCUCCACUGAUGACGAAUCUCCCUCGUCGUCCUCCUCCGAGACUGGUGGUUACCAGUGCUUGUCUGGAGCUCACCAAUCAGCAUCCUCACCCCCUGUGCCCACCACUGCUGCAUGCCAAAGUGGAGAGAAUCAGACAGAGGUGAAAGCUACAGCGUUGCCUCAUAAGCUACGACUAAAGUACAGGGCACUGUCUAAUGGUGGAACCCAAGGGGAUCACCCCUACACUGCGGCCAUGACUUCAUCGCCCAAUGCUCCACUGCCUCAGCACCCUUACCUGGCCCUUGCCCAUGGCAACCAGCAACUAGGGCACAGUGAGGGAAGCAAAGAGGGAGAGAGUGAGACAUCAGAUGGACUUUCGAAACAGCAAUGUCAGUCCAAAGAUGAUGAGGAGCUCAAAAAGGAGAGUGGAAAAAAGGGUUCGAAUGGGCGGAGUAACAGAAACAAGAAGCGUGAUUGA